AUGUAUCUAAUGAUGCUAUUCCUUAAGGCUCCGCAUCUCUGUCGUGCAUGUAUGACGUACUUGUGGCACUUGACAAGUGCGCAAAGAAUCAGAACUGUACGCGUCAAACUGAAAGUCAACGACAUGGAGUUUGAUGCUGGAGUAAAAUUGAUCCUUCUCCCGAAGGAACAUAGCUCAUUUGAUAUCAUAUCUUUGCCUUUGGGUGAUACCCAGAAGAAGCUUUUAGCCACAUCGGAACAAUUAUAUGAACUCCGAGAAGUACAUGGAUCCAGUGAAUAUGAUGCACAUCCAGAACCAAGAUUACCAUCAGGAGGGCCAGUGAAAUCUAUUAUUCUUGAGAGCAAGGAUUCGAAUCAAGGCGCGAUUUUAAAAGAUCCAACCUUAACUACUUGUACUCCAUUUAACAUCGUGUAUUAUGUUCUCAAUGCAAUGUAUAUUCAGAAAGAUAACUACACUACAAGAUACCAAACAUUGGAUGAUAUUCUAGAUGAUCUUCGUCUUUCGCCUUGUCAUGAUACUUUGUUUAUGAAGAUAAAGCAAUGUUUAACGCUUAUUUGUACUUCAAUUCAAGAAAAUGGAGACGAGUUUUUCAAGUUGUCGAUCGAAAAAGCGUUUCGAUACAUUUCAACAAAAGUCGAAGUUCUCAAGAACUUACUAACGAAUUCUCCGAAUUUUGUGCUUACUGGAAACAUUAGGGCCACAUUAUGUGUUUCAGGUGAAACCCCGGCUCCAGAGAUUGUUGAUUUGCAAACAACAAGGUAUUGUAUUGACAUGAUCUUCGGUUCAUAUCUAUCAGAAAGUGUGAAAUGCGAUUAUCUUGAGCACAUGCUCGUUGACUAUUCCUCUUUGAACUCCUAUUUCAAGGAGAUAGAAUCCAAAAAGAGAGUGUUGGCAGCCAUAGAAGACAACAUGGAAUCAGUGGUCCUGAUAACGAAAAAGGCAAAAACCAAGUCGACGAAGGGGAAGAAUACAAGAAAGCCAGUGAAAAAGGUGCCUAUUGGUAAGGGCGCUUUAGACAGUUUUUUCGGGAAAACUUAA